CAACGUUCGACGAUGCACCGUCAGCAAGUGAACGCUGAGAGCUCUUUACGGGGCCGCGAGGAAGAAGCUCUAGCCAGGGCUGCCACGUCGGUUCUGAGAUCGUAUGUGACCUUCACCGUCUCAAGGUGGAGAAAGGGUGAGAUUAUAUAGGCCGUGCCCUAUUCUUCCCUCCAUCUCACAAACACACCCUCUACGAAAUCAUGUCCCAAUUCACCCUCUACUCACACCGUGGCCCCGGCCCCAACCCCCUCAAAGUCGCCAUCCUCCUCGAGAAGCUCGGCCUCUCCUACGAGGUCAUCCCUCUCGACUUCUCCGACGAUGACAAUAACGGCGUCAAGGGCAAGAAGUUCCUGUCCGUCAACCCAAACGGACGAGUGCCUGCUCUGGUAGACCACAAGAAUGGAGACUUUGUCCUUUGGGAGAGUGGAGCCAUCCUGUUCUACUUGGCUGAGCAGUACGACCAGGCGGGCAAAUACCUGGGCAAGGACACCAAGGAGAGGGCUGUUGUUAUGCAGUGGCUGACGCACCAGCUCUCCGGACUGGGACCCGUUCAGGGCAACCUCAACUAUGCUCAUCACUACUGGGAGUCGACCUACGGUCAAAAGGCCAACGAGUCCACCUUCACCCGCUUCGAAGGGGAAUGCCACCGUCUCUAUGCUCUCCUCGAUGCUCAAUUGGGCAAGCAGCAGUACAUUGCCCUACCCGAUAGGCCCACGAUUGCUGACUACAGCUUCUUCAGCUGGGUCAACAUCGCCGAGUUUGGCAAGCUGGACAUCAGCAAGUACACGAACGUUGGGCGAUGGAGGAAGGAGUUGCAGGGAGACAAGGAGAUUGAGAAGGCCGACGGUAAGCUGCCUAAGAAGUGAGCGUGGAGUAGCGAGCGGGCAGCCGAAUGAAUUGUCUCACAAUCUGAUGGAAAUUGAGCGCAAAUUACUUUGAACGGCAAUGAAGGGGCUCUCAUACGACUUGUGAGCUCGAUACGGUCUAUCAUCUUUCAGCUUCGUCAUUGCACCUCUCUCAUUCCCCAGAAUCUCUA